AUCCACAUUGCCUCCUUUCUCUUCUCUUCUUCCGAGAGUUCACUCCCAUCCUUGGAGGUCUGCUUCUUCCCUCUUCUGAGUAGAAGGUUCCGCCUUUGCGACGAGUCCAUUCUCCUCUGCUCGUGAUCAGCGACGAUCGAAGAGAGAUGAUCGAAUUCAGCAGAAGAUCGAAGAUGAAACCCUUGUCCCAGUAGCUCCUGCCUCCAAAUCUCUCCUUGUAUCGUAAUGGUAAUGGAAGCAAUCGAUUGGAUUCUAAGAAGAAGAGCGAAACAUGGAUCCAUCUUCGGCGAGUGGGUAGAGGGCGAAGUGAGGAAGCUGCGGCGCCUGCGACUCUCCUUCUGGUCCUGCCCCCCCAACCGCCCUCCCGGUUCCUGACUUCCCAACGAAGAAAUUUCUUCUUCCUUUUCCUCCUCCUCCUCUUCUUCUUCUUCUUCGUCUUCUUCGAGUUCUUUGCCUUUGGAUUCUGGCUCUGCUCUUGGGUCGUUUCUACAGCCGAUGGGUUCUGUUCCUGUUGGGGAUUUGGGGUUCUUGAAAGGGUUUCCGAAUGGACUGGGGUUCGGUUUCGGAUCGGAUUCGUCGUCGUCAUCGACAGUGUUGGACCUGGAAAGAAGGGAGUUUGUGAAGGCGCCUUCGAGGCUGGGGGGCAAGAAGGAGGGCGGCGGGGUGGUGGAUGCGAAGACAGCGUUGGCGCUGAAGAGCCAUAGCGAGGCCGAGAGGCGGCGGAGGGAGAGAAUAAACCACCACCUGGCCGUGCUGAGGAGUAUGAUCCCCUGCGCCGACAAGCUCACCAGGCCUCGCCAAACAUCGUUCUUUGCUGUUAAAUCACUACCUACUGCGAUCCGGUGCGCGACUUUGGGGACGAGCCACGGUGAUGGUGCCCUUCCGGAGACACACCCCACCACCUCUGAGCGCUCUGGAUGCUUGCCACCUCCGAAGCACCGUGUGCCUAAACUCGUGGGUCGAGUCGCGUUGGACAAAGCUGCGUUGCUCACACAAGUGAUCAACCACGUAAAGAAACUCAAGAAGAAUGCCGCAGAAAUCAGCGAAGGCUACACUAUACCAUCCGACGUCGAUGAGGUGAGGGUCGAAGUUGAAGGAGAUGCAACGAAGAGUGGCAGCUUUAUAGUCAAAGCAUCUCUAUGUUGUGAGGAAGGGCCGGAGAUCCUGACAGAUCUAAGACAGACACUUCAGAGCCUGCAUCUGAAAAUUAUCAGGGCUGAGAUUUCAACUUUAGGUGGUCGAGUAAAGAAUGUUCUUGUGAUGACAUCUGAUGGAAGCUCCCGCGCCAUCGACAAGCAUGUUUUAAUGGCUACUGUUCACCAGGCACUCAAGUCCAUACUUGACAGAGUCAACUCACAGGUGGACUUUCUGCCAAGGACCUCAUUUUCUAGCAAGAGGCGAAGGAUCUCACCGUUCGAGUCCUCAAGCUCCUCUUCAUCACUUUUAUACUGAGGAGUCGAAGCUUGCGACUACGCUAUUGCUGAUGCUACUUUGGUUUGCUUACCGUGUGUGAUGCUUUCUUUCAGAUGUCCUGUAAUAAAUAAACUUCAGAAUGCUUGUUAGGGAAGCCUGCAGUAGGUUUCCGUUGCUUUGAACUUCUAGAGCUUCCCUUCUAAGAAGCUGGUGCUUGUUCGAUUGAUGUAUAAUCUCCAUUGUUCAUGAGGAGUAUGUUGUCUUGGGGUUGCUCGUAUGUAAAACAGCUCUGUAUGUGAACUCGAUGAAUUACAGCAGUAACUCUUUGAUUA